CUUUCCAGCAAAGGCACACCUCUUUCAGGGUGUUGUGCAAAAUUCUGUAUUUUAACGUAGGGACAGGAAAUAUUAAAUAAGCUGGCCAGACCCCAAAGCGAAGCUGUCACUUAGGCUGAGAUUUAUCAACUCUGAAGAGGAGCAAAUUAAAGGUUUUGAUGGACCCAUCAAUCCCACCACUGUGAUUUUCCAAAGGUUGAACCUUUGGGGAGCUGCAGUCAUUUCACUAACAGGUUUUUAAAGGGCAGGCAUUGGUGCUUCUGUCUGGAGCAGAUCUGCGGAGGAGUUGUUGUUUUUUUCCUUCUUCUUUCAUGCUUGAUUAUUUCCUGAUUCUGCAGUGGGAUGGGUCUGCUGAGAAAGAUUUUCAUUCCCUUUGUAGGAUUGGUCUUGGCCUUCUGUUUUUAUUCAGCAAGGGAGGAUUUUAAACCUGAGAUGUUGAAAGGGAAGCGAGUGAUCGUCACUGGAGCAAGCACUGGAAUUGGAGAGCAAAUGGCUUAUCACCUGGCGCGGAUGGGAGCCCAUGUUCUGGUCACAGCACGGACGGAAGCCAAGCUUCAGAAAAUCAUCACCCGGUGUUUGGAGCUGGGGGCAGCCUCUGCGCAGUAUGUGAGCGGCAGCAUGGAGGACAAGGCCUUUGCCGAGCAUGUGGUGAAGGAGGCUGAAGUAGUGCUGGGAGGCCUAGACAUGCUGAUUCUCAACCACGUUGGCAACUCGUACUUUAACUAUUUCGACGGCGACGUAGGGCACGUGCAGAAGCUGCUGAAGAUUAACUUUCUCAGCUACAUGGCCAUGACUGUCUCAGCCCUGCCCAGGCUGAAAGACAGUGUGGGCAGCAUCGUGGUGGUUUCAUCCAUGGCAGGUAAAGUUGGGUUUCCAUUUACCGCUCCCUACUCUGCAACCAAGUUUGCCCUGGAUGGGUUUUUCAGCUCCUUGCGGCAGGAAUUAAUCAUUCAGAAGGUUGAUGUUUCCAUCACGCUCUGUAUACUCAGCUUCAUUGACACAGAAAGUGCCAUGAAAGCAGCUUCUGAUGUGGCGCCGAAGGAGGAGUGUGCGCUGGAAAUCAUCAAGGCGGGAGCCCUCUGCCAAUGGGAAAUUUACUACAAAUAUGCAGCUACCAAAAUCCCCCUCUUGAUCCGGGACUGGGCUCCAGAACUCCUGGAUUAUCUGAUCAGAAGAAGCUACAAUGUGGAAAACCUAAAGAAAAAUUCAUCAGUCUGAGUUCUCCACUGCCUUUCUGCUCAUAUCUGUCUCUGGGGUUACCUUAAAUCAAGGCCUGGUGUGCUGUGGAGCUCCCUAGCCCAGGUUCCUUCUCAUUUAGGGAAUGCAAUGCUGGGAUCCCUCAUCGUGUGACCCUGGGAUCAUGUGGUAUUUUACAGUCCUGAAAACCAAUGCAGCAUGCCUCGGGUUGCCAGGUGUCUGUUUUUUUACUGGAAUGCCUGGUCAAAAAGGGACCCUGGCAGCUCCAGUCAGCACCACUGACGGGGCUGUUAAAAGUCCAGUAGGUGCCGCAGUGGGGCUAAGACAGGCUCCCUCCCUGCCAUGGCUCUGCACGGCUCCCAGAGCCAGCAGGAUGUCUUCCCGCCACCCUGGCUCCUAUGAGUAGGGGCAUCCAGGGGGUUCCGCAUGCUGCCCCCGCCCCAAACGCCAGCUCUGCAGCUCCCAUUGGCCAGGAACAGCAAGCAAUGAGAGCUGCGGGGGUGGCGCCUGUGGACAGGGCGGCGCGCAGAGCCACCUGGCCGUGCCUCAGCGUAGGAGCCAGAGCGGGGAUAUGCCACUGCUCCUGGGAGCUACCUGAGGUAAGGGCCACCCAGAGCCUGCACCUCUGACCCUCUGCUCCAGACCUGAUCCCCCACCCACCCUCUGAACCCCUCGAUCCCAGCCCGGAGCACCCUCCUGCACCUCAAACCCCUCAUCCCCAGCCCCACCCCAGAGCCUGCACCCCUCCCACACCUCAACCCCUUGCCCCAGGCUGGAGCUCCCUCCGAACCCCUCAGUCCUAGCCUGGAGCACCCUAAGGCACCCCAAACCUCUCCUCCCCAGCCCCACCCUAGAGACUGCACCCACAGCAGGAGCCCUCACACACUCCCACACUCCACCCCCCUGCCCCAUCACAGAGCCCAAUCCCACGCCCUGAACUACUCAUUUCUGGCCCCAUCACAGAGCCCACACCCCCAGCCAGAGCCCUCAGCCCCUCCCUCACCCCAAUGCCCUGAGCCAGCCCAGGGAAAAUGAGCAAGUUAG